AGGGUUGCGCAGCUGAGGGACGGCGGCACCCAGCCUUUUUCCCGCUCCGGGGCGCCGGGGCUGCGACUGUGGCCAAGCACUUCCGGGUCCGCCGCAAUCUCCUCAGCGAGGGCACCCUUCCCCGGCUGGAACCAUCGCGACGUGACUGCUGCCCCCUCCUGGCUGCUCGGAGGACCUCCGGUCUCCUCUCCUGGAAACUGGCCCAAACCCGAAUGCUCUGAGCCUAGGAAGGCAAAUCCCCAGCAAUCCCCUAUUGAAAGAUGGGAUGUGCCAUCUGAAGGACUGGGUAAGGCAAGAGAGGACAAGGAAAGAGGCUGGGCCGGCUUCUGUUCCAAAAUUUGACAAGAUUCCUUGGCUUAGUGAGGCCAGCCUUGUAAACAAGCCAUUAGUGCUCAGCCUCCCCAGAAGAUAUCCUCAUUCCUCUGCGACUUUUCUGACUUCAUCCAAGAAGAAUAUGAAUUUGCAAAUUUUGUUUCAAGUUCCAGAUGUUUUAUCUAAGGCCAGGAGGAACCAGUGUGACUCCAUGCUGCUCAGAAACCAACAGCUGUGCUCCACAUGUCAAGAAAUGAAAAUGGUACAACCAAGAACAAUGAAAAUCCCAGAUGAUCCAAAAGCAUCCUUUGAGAAUUGUAUGAGUUAUAGAAUGAGUCUUCAUCAACCCAAAUUCCAGACUACACCUGAGCCUUUCCAUGGUGACAUCCCAACAGAAAGCAUUCACUAUUAUAGACUGCCCAUUCUGGGCCCCAGGACAGCUGUCUUCCACGGAUUACUGACAGAGGCCUACAAAACUCUAAAAGAGAGACAACGUUCUUCCUUGCCCAGAAAGGAACCAAUAGGCAAGACAAUGAGGCAGUGAGCGGUGGGAGCUCAUCACCUCCCAGACUCCCAGAGAGAAAAUAACCUCGCCAAGCCAAUCUUUGACACUGGCACCUUCUCCUCACAAUUUUCUCUCCUCUCCCAAAAGAUGAUUUAAUUUUGCCUUCCUAAGAUUGCUGGUAUUCUAGCUCUUACCUCUAUCUUCUUUCUCACGUCUCCUAAAGACAAAAUGGUUUAAUUUACAUGAUUGUAAAGAUCUGUUGAUGAAAAUGGAACAUGGUAACUGUCUCUCAUUUUAUUUUGUUAAAGGUUCCUCUCUAUGUUAAA